AUAUAGUUGCUGUAACAUCUUUUCAUGCAUAACACUUGCCGUCGGAACUCGACCUUAUCUCGCGAUUUCAUCGAGAAUUUCUUUCCUGCAUGACAUACCGUUUUUGAAGAGGUAUUUUCAAAUAGGUUUGACCCCGUCACAGCAGGGUUUAGUGAGAGCCUGUCUCUUGAUGAAGAUCUGAGGCCAUGGCACAGAUGAAGGAUGUACCCUCGUCAAUACUUGCGACAGACGGUCGUGAUAUGAAUACUGGUGUACUAUCAAUCCUUGAAAAGAAAGGCAUUAGAAUAUUAAAGUCGAGUGAUUACCAGUUGAUCCCAAUAUACUGGCGGCUCGUGUUAUAUGCUGGCCUACCGUACCUUCUUGGAUAUACGAAGAACGUUCCGGGGGCUAAGGUCACCAAGAAGCUUUUGAUAAAAGGAUGCUCCAUCGAGAUGAAUCUACCGGACAAGGUGGUCGUUGCCCAAAAUAGCAAACAGACAUUCUUUUGCAUCCAGUGCGCCGUAAAAAUCACCUUUCUUAAGGCCGAAAGCAAACGACAGCGUAAUAAAUGGGUAGAUGUCAUACGCAACGCUUUGAAGGAACCAAUUUACGUCCCUUCGACGGUUUCGACGACAAGCACGGAUUCAAUCGAAUCGGUCGAUGCCCAUCGCGCCCGUGAUCAUGUUGAUGUACGACUUCCGAAAAGUGUCCACAAUACAGUGGACACCGCACCUCGACCAGGGCCCGAUUUUAGAAGGGUGAAGACGAGUCCAGCUGGUCUACUUGAAAUGGAAAAUAGGUCAUCUGUAACAUCUAUCCCUUCCAGUGCCCAUGCCUUGGAUCAGCAAAAGAAAAGAUCCCACCAACCGCCUGUCGACAUGACGCCUGAUUUCGAACAGUCGGCUACAUGCGAGUACUCCCCGACACACUCGCUCAAUUCCAAAGACAGAAUGCGAAGUUCAUCCCAACGAGAAGUAAAUUACGCGGGAUUUUACGAAAUUUCUGAUCAACAAAAUUUGCCCGACCAGUCUGAGACGACGCGGUCGCAUUGCAAGAAGUCGACAUCUGAACCUAAUGCUUCCCAGCAAAACCAGCGCUACAACGAACAGGAGUAUGACUAUGCAGAAGUAGAAGAUGGCGACUACACGCCCUUAAACUUUAAUGAUGACGACGAUCAAUCUUCUGUAUCGCGUGUGAAUAAUCUUGGACUAGAGAGUAAAACUAGAGGGAAAAACAUCCUCUAUGACGACACAGAUCUACCAGAACUUCCUAAGCGAGAUUACGUCAACGUAAAACAGAAGCCGCCACGCCCGGCGCCACCUCUACCGAUUGCUCCGACAAAACAACCACACAGUCCUGACAGUGGAGUUCUCAACGGCGAACCUUUUCACGCAUACACUAAGAGAUUUCGGAGUGAGCUGUUUAAAAAAGAUGGCAUUGUUGUCGAAGUAGAUAAAACGGAUCUAACGCCAAGCACAAUCAAGUUUGUAUGUGUCGCGGACUACAUUUGCAUCGCUGCCCUUCCGAGUACCAAAAUACACCCCUUGUUGCACGUUGAUGACGUCAUUGUAAAAGUGAAUCGACAAACCCUCACCUCCAUAAAUUUCUGCUACAAACUCUUCAGAACUACAGAUGAAAACAAGGUGCAGCUUCAUAUCAAGAGGGUCAUGCAUGGGGUCAUGUGUCACGUGACCAUGUCAGCCAAUGGGGAUGUCGAUUCUCUGGGUCUCGAAUUUUGGAACCAAAGUCAAGGCAAUGAGGUUACAUCUAUGGAUUGUGAUGGUCUGGUGGCAAAGAGUGGUAACCCUUCUCGGCCUCAAGCACAAAGUGUAGUCAAUGGUGGAAUGCUCGUAAAUUGGAGCUUAGUUGAGAUCAACAAGUCACCAGUCUCUUUGGAUAGCUCGCCGGAAGAAGUUCUGGAUCAGAUAAGGCGAUCAGGAUGCGAGCUAGUUCUUGUGUUCAUUCCAGUUGAUAUUGUCUACCUGUUUAGAGAAGAAAUGUGUGAAGAAACAACUGAUCAGAGUACAUCUGACGAGGAGGGCACAUAUGCAAAAAGACUAUUAUUUCCGAGAACACAGGCACCCUAGUUGGGCCUGGAUAAACACCAAAUUGUGAAAAUGAAGAAAAUAGAAAAUACAUUUACUCAGUCGGACACACACAAUCAAUAAGAGACAAAACAUAGUGUUACUGAGUUCGCCCCCUCCCCCUGCAAAGGCCACUGCACACCUUACGACUGGUCCACGAUAUGGUUUUUAGAACAAAUCGCAUUUCGCUCAGUUUCUGAAAAUGUAAAUUAAAAGUAUAUUUUAACAUGAGUUUUAAAUCAAAUGAAGGAAUACUAACAUAACAGUUUUGGAGGAUUGCAAGUGUUUAUUUUGGAGUAAAGGCCAAAUAAGUUUCAAAUCGUAGGCAACGGUACGAUCGGUAUGGCGUUAUGACGACUAGAUAUAUUAAAUUCGCUUUUGUUCUGAUAAGGAUAAUAGCACAGUCACAGAUUUAAAAAUAGGUAUUCGUACACUAUGAUUAAGAAUAUUGCACAGUAAGAUAGUCCAUGUCUCAAUAUUAGCAUGAAAUUCUACUACGUUUUAUUCCUAAAUCGGGUCGCGGAUCGUAAGGUGUGCGCCCGAACCGAGCGCACCCCUUACACCCCCCUUGAUCCGUGCCUGAUGUAAGUUCUACUUCACAAAUCUAACGAUUUGUUUUAAACACCUUUUAGCAGUUUAGUGUAAAAACUGGAAAUGUGUCCUUUGUCACAAUAUUUAUAUGAUAUUCUUCGAAGUGUAUUCAUACUUUGUCAAACCGUUAUAAAACAUUUUGGAUCUUUUUUUUUACACUUCACAGGCCUAUUCGUUUGUUCGUAGACCGAUAUGGACCAAUUCGGUUUGGGUGGUGUUUUUUUUGGUAAUUUCUAACUGGGGGGGGGGGGCUUCAGAUAUGUCUAACAAAAGAUAAUUUAUUCGCUGACAUAUAUAGUAACGCACUUGGCUCAUUGUUGUUCUUUGGAAGCCCCCCAGUUAUGGCGGUCAGAGAAUUCCGAAGUCGAACUUAUCUAUAGUAGUAAUUCAAACUAUAAAAAAAUAUUAUGAAACGCCACCAACGUUAAUGCAGAUGUUAUGGACUGAUAGUUCUGUAUUCAUAAUUGACAACUCAUAGUGUUUCAUGUUGUCAUGGACUUUGGCCAAUGACUUUACCUUACCAGUGGAUUUUACCUAUAUAGAGAAAAUACUACACCUUUGUGAAUUGUUUUGUAUCUUUUGUGUCGAGGUGUGUUAAUGGAAAAUGAAACAAACAAGAAUCGAAUUGAACUGAAUCGAGAUAUCUUAUUUCCUAUCUUCUGUACAUGCAUAAUAUCCACAAUAUAUAUUUUGCUAAUCGAACAGUAAUAUUGACAGUUUUAUGUUGAUUGGAUAACUUCAUUUGAAAACUGAAAUAAAGUUUAUGUGUGUAUAUAUAUAUAUAUAUAUUUAGCAUAUUAGACUUAAUUUCAUAAUUUCCAUAUAUAUAAGUCUCCAAGUAUGCCAUUGUUUAAGAAAAAACAUGAAUAUUUUACUCGUAUUUGAUCUGAUUUCUAUGGACUUAUGUACAAAUACAAAUGUGUUAACUGUCAACCUAACCGUACAUAAUUACAACACUCAAUGUAAAUUAUUGUUCAACCCAGGUUUUCCUCUUUCAUGGCUAUAAAUUUAUUCCGUGUAUAUAUCAAGUUUUGAAAUAUCCGUCCCCGAUUAAAGUAUACUCAGCAAUAAAGCUCAAUUAAUUCAAA